UCGAAAGACUUGAAAAUCCACGAGCCAUCUUCAGUCUUUUACCAGGGCUCCUGGGAGUGCUGCAUACUCAGAGUACGGGGAACAGCGAGUAAGAUCCUGGGUGACUCCUGGGGACAGAUGUGUUCUUGGAUGGGUUGGUCUCCUCCAAUCACCGAGAGUUCUUCAAAACUCUUCAGCGGAAACAUGGACCACAUCACAGAGAGGCAGACAGACUGCUGCGGAGCAAAGCUCACGUCUGGAACAAACUGACAAGGCACCUUGGUGGGUGUUCAUCAGAACAGACACUAUGGAUGACUACAACUAUUACGGAGAUCAUGCGCUCAACAUUUCCAACAACAACAGGCAAGAGCACGAAAACUUCCUGCAGUUCAAGAAGCUCUUUCUGCCCUGCAUGUACCUGACCGUGUUCAUCUGUGGCCUGGUGGGGAACUCCCUGGUGUUGGUCAUAUACAUCUUCUACCAGAAGCAGAAGAGCCUGACAGACGUGUUCCUGAUGAACUUGCCUCUGGCUGACCUGGUGUUUGUCUGCACUCUGCCCUUCUGGGCCUACACAGUCACCCAUGAAUGGGUCUUUGGCAAGAUCAUGUGCCAAAUCCUGCUGGGCAUCUAUACUUUGAACUUCUACACGUCCAUGCUCAUUCUCAUCUGCAUCACUGUGGACCGCUUCAUUGCGGUGGUUCGGGCCACAAAAGCCUAUAACCAGAAGGCCAAGUGGAUGAGCUGGGGCAAGGCCGUCUGCGUGUCCACGUGGGUGGUCUCCCUGCUGAUUUCCUUGCCGCAGAUCAUCUACGGCCAUGUCAACUGUUUAGACUUCUGUGUCUGUGGUUACUCCGAGGUGAUUUCCACCGUGGUUCUUGCCACCCAGAUGACUCUGGGGUUCUUCCUGCCACUGUUCAUCAUGAUUGUCUGCUACUCAGUCAUAAUCAAGACCCUGCUUCAUGCCCGAGGCUUCCAGAACCACAAGUCCCUCAAGAUCAUCUUCCUGGUGCUGGCUGUGUUCCUGCUGACCCAGACGCCCUACAACCUUGUGAAGCUCGUAGGCAGCACGAGCUGGGAGUACCACGCCAUGACCAGCUUCAGCUCUGCCACCAUGGUGACGGAGGCCAUUGCCUACCUGCGGACCUGCCUGAACCCUGUGCUCUAUGCCUUCGUUAGCCUGAAGUUUCGGAAGAACUUCUGGAAACUUGGGAAAGACAUUGGCUGCCUCCCUUACCUGGGAAUCUCGAGCCGGCAGAAGUCUCUAGAGGACUUUUCCAAGACGUGCUCCGCCUCCCAGAACGCGGAGGCCACCAGCAUGGUCCAGCUGUAGCCUGGCAGGCGUGGAGAGGCUGCUCAGGGGCCUGCGGGAGCACAGGCAGCUGUGUCCGCUGCUGCGGCCAGGAAGGCUUUGUCUAUCGCUUGUGCAUUUUCGUGGGGAAGGAACCCAACGCUGCAGCUGGUGUGGAAUGCUUCUUCUCAGGCAUGCACACACCUGUCGGCUCCUUGAGCACACGAGCCUAAAGCUCGAAGGGCAGUGGAGACCUGUAGGGAUUUCCUCUUCCACCCCAACA